CGUUUCUGUCCGUUGCAGCCUGCCCUAAUGAAACGGUGCACCUCUCUGGUAUCUCAUGGUCCAGUCACAGUCCAUUGCUCCGCCAUCAGCGCCAGCCUGUGGAGAUAGACGACGUCAGCAUCCACUACCAGCCACCGCUCCAGAACUUGCUCAUCAAUUGUGAGGCUGGCUUCAAGAUCAACUCUUUGGUCGCUACCUGUACAGCUUGCGCGCAGGGUGUCACAUUGAACGCGACGAAUCACAUGCUGCAAGCCUUAAGCCCAAAAGAUCGGCAGUGCCCCAGCAAAGUCACAGUGUCGAGGGACAAAACCUCGCCUUGUGAUUGUCCCACACACCAGAUCAUAAAAGCGAACUUCCGUGGAAACGAGUCUGUGGCUUUGAAAGACCUUUUUUGCAACCUGUCAGUCCUGUCACAACCACUCAUACUAUGACAAUGGCACUUGUCGCAAGUGCGGAGUCCUUUGGGCUUGGUCUGAUGGGAAGUCUGACAAGUGCCAUUGGUUGCCGCGCGAGAAUUGGCAGCUAGCAUGCUUGUUGAUGGGUGGGGCCAUCAUAGUGUUUCUGGCCUUUGUCCUCUUUGAGAUCUUGAUAUCUCCACUGGUAGUUGUGGAUGCAACCUCAGACCCUUUGGAGAUAGCCAGCGAGAAGGUGUUUACCAUCACCGCGCAAGGUCCCAUUGUGGGUCUUCCCACAUACCUUUCUCGCAUUGUGCACUGGCUAGUUUCAUAUCGCGUAGAAGGCACAAGUUUGCAGUGGUUGGACUUUGACAAGAAAUCCAAGAACACAGUCAAGGUUCGCAGCAUUGGGAAUGGAAAACUUCAGCUCCAGGAUGUGUAUGUGCCCUUUGAUUGUGCUGCAUGCAAGGGUGUCAUGCAUGCCACCAAGACUUUCCCAUUGUUUGCCGUGCUCGCCGUAUUUAUAUCAGUGGUUGUGUUGGUGCCUGUCACCUGGGUGGUUGCAGCGAUGUCCGAGAAUGGCUUUGGACAUGUCCUUGUUACUGCCUUCUAUUGUUUCCUUCCAACGGCGGUUGCAGCCGCGGUGCUUCACUUGCCGGUGGCGUGUCUUGUUGGCUGGUUCUAUCGCAGAACACCAUUCUCGGCGGCUUUGAACGAAUACCACAAGCAUAUCCAAUGCAAACCACAUUUGGGCCGGGAUGCCACUCAUCCUCGCAAUCAGGGCUUGAUGGCCCUUACCUUGCAGGAUUUGGGGAAACACUUCGAACGUUUCAUCCUUGAGCGGAACAUGCACUUCGUCGUCGCCAAUAUCGUAAGGCCUUUGACGUGCAACAAACGGGAAUCCUUUGUGACGCUGUGGGGUGGCCAGCAAGUGGACUACUUUGUGUCGCACUCCUGGGGGACGAGCUUCUCGCACUUUGUGCGCUCCAUCCGGAGUCAUGCCAUGUCCAAGGGAGGACAGACAUGGACUGAUGCCACCUAUUGGAUUUGCUCCUUCGCCAACAACCAAUGGGACAUUGAAGCUGAACUCGGAACUGAUCCAAUGGAUAGCGCCUUCGCGCGUGCUUUGACCGGCGGGAUCAAGGGAGUGGUCAUGGUGUUGGAUCAGCAAGUGCAGCCUCUCACCAGAGUGUGGUGCUUGUUCGAAUUCUUCUUCUCCAGCCGCGAAAAUCUCGAGUUGGAUUUUGGAACGGAUGCGGGUGUAAUUGGAGAUGAUGGAUGCACAUCCUUUGACAUCGCACUGGAAGUGGGCAGAAAGAUCAAGUCUUUGCAAGUCGUGAACUGCGAAACAUCCUCUGAAAAGGACAAGCAGGAUAUCUUCGACUACAUUGUCUCGGAGCUUGGUAGUUUGGAACGGAUGGAUGAGCAAAUCCGUUCAUUGAUGGGCAAUAUGUUGAAGAAGAAUCUCUCAAAUGUAGGACAUGCGACAGAGACUCUCUUGCUCGAACUGGGUCAAAUCUAA